AGAAUUUUCCGGAAGUGUCGUCUGAACUCGCUGUGAAGCUAUUCGGUUACACUCUUUGGACUGCUCCGUGUUGUUUUCUGUUUAAAGUUUCGGAUUCUUCAGAAAAAAGAAACAGAUAAGCAAUCUGUAAUCUUGGUAAUUUAAUCAACGGAUAUACCGAAAGCAUUUAUUGCCGUUUUCCCUAAAAGGGAGGUCUUUGUGGACAGGUUCCUUGCAGUCCAGCUGACAAACCACAAUGAUCACUAGAAGAAGAAGUCGCACUGUCACCAACACAGAAGUGCAGUCUCCAGAGGUUGAGGCGGUAGAUGUGGAAAGUAUGAAAGAUCUUCAGAUUCCAUGUGACGGAUUCCGAGUUAAAGAUGUGGAUGCUGCUGGAGUAGAGCUUGAUGACCUGUUUGAAGACUUAAAAUGGACACUAGACAGAGAUGCUUCAUCCUCGCUCUUCAAUAUUGAUUUGGCUGAUCUCUGUGUGUACAACACCAAAGAUGGAGACUCCGGGCUUGAAGCUUCAACUGCCUCAUCUCCUGAGAGAUAUUCUUCUGACUCCCAGAACAGCAGGCAAAAACAGUCAAGUCACAUGACUAACAAAAAUGCCAUCGCUGCCAGAUUAAAUCGUCUCAAGAAGAAGGAAUAUGUCAAUAGCUUGGAGCAGAAGAUCGGCAUUCUUUCAACGGAAAAUAGCACGCUCAAAAUAGAAAAUUCUCAGCUGACCAAGAGAGUGGAAGAGUUGGAAGAUGAAACCAGGUACUUGAGGGCUGUGCUGGCAAAUGAGAGCAUGUUAGCCCAGCUCUUGUCCAGGCUGAGCGGUGUGAAUGGGAUGAAAUUAUCUUCCUCACUUUUCCAGGGGCCCACCUCAAACGAGCACGACUACGCCCUGCCCAGGAAACGGGCCAGAGUGGAGGAAAAAGAAACAUCUGGUGGCGUGUGUCUUCAUGUGGACAAGAAUCAUGUCUCAGUGGAGUUCUGCACCAAGUGUGCAGAGAGUGCAAGCACGGUGCUCAAAAUGUAGGGUCAAGUACUUCUCUCUGUUUUCAGAUAUUGAGACUGAGCUUGAUGGGGCUCAGUGUGCUGAACUUGAGGCUGGAUGAACGCUUUGAAUUGAUUAAUUACCUAAGAACUGUGCAUGUGUUUUUGUGUGAUGAUGGAAUGAGUUCAUGUUACUGCUAAACCUUGUUGACAGUUUCUUCUAGGUAAUUGGUUGAUCCACCAUGCGGGAUGAGUGGCUUUCAGAACGCCUUUGUCUGCUUGACUCCAUGUGGAUUCUGCUGGUGGAAGGGGAAGAGGCUGGACAAGCGGCUGCCAUCGUGGCCUGGUAUUUUUUUAAAGGUAGUAUCGGUAUCAAAUGGUAUUUGUGAUCCUAUUUCAUCACUACUCCACAACAUCUGUAGCUGCUGAUCCUGUCAGUAUAGCUCCCGCAGCAGUUUUAAGGGCUGACAAUAGCUUCUAGUUUAUGCAAACACAAGUUUAACAGUCUAAUUAUAACUUGUAUAUAUUGUUGGAAUGUUCAUUUAACAUACUCAGAAAAAUCUGCUGUAAGUGAAAAAAAUCUGUAAAUGUGUACAUAACUCUGAACACAUACUGUUUUAGGUAAAUGGCCUUUGAGAAAUGUUGGACAAAUAAAUCUUAUUUACAGUACUUUUGACUUAAAAGCAUCUGCUUGUUUUGUUUUGUUUUUGAGUCUUGUUUAGUACUGUUGAUAUUAAUGUGUCUCUUUUUCUCUCUCUAAACAGCAAGCUCUCUGCUGAUAAACUGAACAUUUGGGUCAAGUCUGGUAAAGGUUGUCAAAACAAAUGACCAAGACCUCAUUUGAUGGAAGCACAAAGCAUGAGGGCCCACAGGGGUUAUCUUGCCCAUGUUUUAGCCCAUUUACUUCAGAUUACACAGCCACAUCCUACACCUAAAAUUAGUAGCGUUUUCAUAGGUCUCGGUCAGUCCACUUAAACUGUACCAAGCCUGGUGAUCUUUUCACUACUACACGUCAGGGUAUAUUUACACUGCUGGGAUUGCCAGCCCUGUGACUGUCAAACACCAUUUUCAGUAGUUGUGUAGUUACUUUGGAACAGGAAACCUUACUUUAUUUGAGCUUAACUCAUUAGUUCAAUUCAAAUGUUCGGCUUUCAUAAGUUGCUCUAUCCUUGAGUUUGCUUCACAUGAAAAGCUGUCCAUGUGAAAACUAGUGGAAAGCUUUUAUUUUCAAGUGAAAAUGGGUGUAAUGAGUCAGAUCUCUACACAGUAAAAGUGUGGUCUGUAGCCAGCAGAUGGAUUUAAGUGAAUUGCUUUAAUUUCAGUCACUAAUAUUGUAUACAUUGUAAUAUAGUUUAUUUGAAAACUACCUUUGAUCCACUGAGAUCUUUCAUUUUUUCAGUGCACGUAUGCAGACUGGAAUGAUUGAUCAGCCAGGCAUUAAAUUGUGAGGCAUGUGAAAGUGGAGUCUAUUAGGUGAGCUUAGCAUGGAAACUAAAUAAGUACAUAGCUUCUCUGACUGUCCAAAGUUUAUUUAUAUAUUUUUCUUCUCAUGAUGGUUAGCUACAGGCUGUUGGACUCUGAUUUGAAAGUGUUGUAUAACACUGCAGAAAACCAAAACCAUCGACAGUGGGGAAACUCAUUUACUCACAAGUCAGACUGUAAGAUCUGUAGCUUAAUGAUCAUCUGUGUCAAUCCUCAUGGAUAUCAGUCUGCAUGUGAGCUGUGUACUUAAAAAAUUUCCCCCCACUUGUAGUACAAAUGGCAGUGUUUUUUUAAUGUAUGAAUUCACAUACCUCAUGUAUGCCCAAAGAAGUCACCCCCUGCUGGCAGUGAGGAAUAAUGCAUAUUUAAGGUACUUGAAGCGUUGCAUGUGACAUACGUGGACAUUGUUGACUAUUUGUUGUACAACUGUAAGAAAUGAGCAGUUUCAGCUCCAGUCAGUUUAAAUCAGGGGUGUCCAACAUAAGGCCCGGAGGUCAGACUUGAUCCAGGAAAAGAUGCCAACCUACUAGAUGUCUUUGGAAAAUAUGGAGGGCAUAGAUUUUGGACUUUAUUUACAUAGAUUUGGCAGCUGCCUGUGCUGCUAAUAAAAACACUGCCACAGACAUUCAUACUACGAAGUAAUAGACAAUUAAAUGAUAGAGAAGUUUCCUAAUUACAGGACAGUCUGGGUAAUGAGUUAAAAAAAAAAAAAAAACACCACUGUCAUUUUAUGUUUAUUUCUUACAGUUUAAGACCAAAGGAUCACGCUGAGCUGCAUUUCUUUGUCUGCAUUUAACCCAUUCACUCAGUGAAGCAGUGGGCAACCACAUCAGGUGCCCGGUGUAGGGAUGCAUAGGGAUGGUACCUUGCUCAGGAUAGCCAUUCAGCGGAUUCGAACCCCCGACCUUCCAAUUAUGGGGCAACCACGCUACCUACUGAGCUAUCACGGACGGUAUCCCACGUUCUUGAUUUUUAGUUCACAAACACUUCUUGUAAUGGCUUACAACUCCUGAAACUUUGGAGGCUUUAGCUCUUUAUACAGUAAAGUUACAGUGGGAUACAAAUAAUAUCAGGGUGAUCCUGCCACAAUUUGUUCCUCCUGUCCAAAUCGCGGAAAAACAGUAGUUUGUUUCUAAAACCAUUUUGCACAGCGGCAUUUUUUGAAAAAUGUAUCAAUAGCAAUGUUGAAUAUUAUCACACAGAAAAAAACAACUACACAUAAAAUAAUUCCAUUGUGACGCCUCUGUCUUUCUAAAUGGAGGGACAGUAACUGCGUGUGUAUAUGUAAGCGUGUAAAAACUGCAGAUAGGAAGAUUAUCUAUCCGCCAUUGUAGAAAUUCAUCUCAUGUAAACAUGGCGCAUAGCGUGAUGUGAAAAAAGCCACAUACCUUUGACGUUGCUUGACGAAUUCCUCGUCCACAGGCAAACACAAAACCUGAGAUUUCGAAAAUCUCCAAACCUGACAGGAGUUCGCCUCCUUUUUCGGUGAUUUGAAAUGCCGUUUACGUGUGAACAAAAGCUCCAAACGCAUAGAAAAAGCUGCGUUUUCAAAAAUACCCGUGUAGAUGUGGAUGUAACGUAAAACAGUAAUUUAUUGCUACCUGUAAUUUAUUGCAGCUUACUUUUAUUUGUUUAAUUGGUUUACUAAAUGUUUGAGGUGUGAAAUAAACUGGGGAAUUUAAAUGGUGGGGGGCGCGAAGAUUUUCUUGUAAAACAAAGGGGGGGCCUAGCAAAAAAAGUUUCGGAACCACUGUUCCAGUGAAUGCCAUAUUUUAAUUCACUUUUGUGUUUAAUAUAUUUUUGUGAAAGCACUGUUUUGACGUCGACCUAUUUGGUCAAUGUUGCAUGUUAUACAGUGCGUGUUUCAAGUUUCACAUAAACUGGUUCACUUUCAGCACUUUUAGUGGAACCAUCAGGCAUAGAAGUGGUUCGCUUUGCACCAGGUCCAAGUACAGAGCUUUCCAUCAGUUUCAACCCCAAUUCUGAAGAAGCUGACAAAGUGCAAUGACAUGCAUCUCUCAUAAACCUACAGUUUAAUCACAAUGUAUCGCAGGUAACAUCAAAUGUUUGAGCUGAGGAAAUGUACUAUUUUGAGAGAAAAUUACUCAUUUGAAAUUUUGGCAGCGGCACGUGAUCAGAAAGUUGAGGCCAGCCCAUGUUUACUACAGUGUUGCAGUAGUCCUUUAAACAUCUGAGAACUGAGACUAGUUGUUGGACUUUGCUGGAAUCUGAUACAAGAUUCCAGCAACAGUUUCUCAACUGUAAGAAUAAAAUAAAUAUGAAUUGGAUGUACUUGGAGGAUUGUAUUCAAAACUCCACUUAUCCUUAUCACAAGGCCAUGCGCUUAUCAAAACUACAUUAGAGGAUAAGCAGCAGUCAUAUACCAAUAAGUCAGCAACAGACUAUUCAGCCUGUCAUAAGGACUAUGUCUGUUAAAUAAAUGCAGAAAAAUUGCCAGAAAAAUUGGCUGGCUUUGUAAGGAGCUUCUGCUGAAGUAAAAGUGGGUGGGUUACAGUUGCAGUCUCCUCUAAGAAUAACUAGUACUUCAAGAAGAGAAAUGAGUAAAGCAUCUAAAUAAUUAAUUUUUACCGCAGAUAUGUGGCUUUGACCUAAAGUGUCAUGAAUCCCACGUGUAUUUCGUAUGAUGUUAUGAUAAUGUCACAGCUGAGUCUGUCCGAAUAUCACUUGAGAGACGAGGACAAUGCUAUUUUAGUUUGUUUAGACAGGUAACACUACAUCAAAGCAGAAAAAACUGCAUACAAAAAGUCUGAAAGCUCUGUUUGGGGAAAAAAGCACAGUAUAGAGGGUGUUUUCUGAAGCAGAAGUUAAGUAUCAUAUGCAAUGAUGUAGCAGGAGUGUUUCCAGGGUUUUUUUCUUUUUAAUGUGGAAGGACAAGAAGGACCAAUGACAAAGCAUAGAGCUCACAAGAAAGCCAACUAUUUAUUUAAAAUAAAGUAGCUGUAGAACGAUUAUAAAACAUUAAGCACGAUUUUCAAGCUCUGGAUUCCUCUGGAUUCUCUAUAUCACAAGUGGUGUUGCACAAGACUUUUUUGUUUUGUACUGGAUAAAUUGUUUUUCAAGGUAAAAGUACUGAGUUAAAAGUUAAAAGAGUUAAAACAUAUGUGAUCAAAGUAUAUUCAAAUGAAUAAUAAACAUACUCAUUAUAUAGACUGGCCCUUUUUGGAAUCCCAUACAUUAUAUCAUUGCAUCAUAAUUAUUGACGUGCUUAUUGCUUUAAUGUGGUAGCUGAUCUGUAAUAUCCACAUAUCCUUAUCGGGGGUUCUGGAGCCAACCCCCCCCUCCCGAAAUAAAGAAACCUAAUGAAUCCAAAGAGAAUCCGUGAAAGGUUGCUGAGGACAAAGAAACUCAAAAGAAGCUCUGAAACUGUGGAAGAGAUGGGUAAAGAGUGGAAAAAACCAAAGCAAGAACAUCGUGUUUGAGGAUCAGAAACUUAGAUAGCUGUUUGGGAAUAUGUGUAGACAUUAGUUAACAAGGCUUGAGAGUAAUGCCAUAUAUAUAUAUAUAUAUACGUAUACAUAUAUGUAUACGUAUAUAUAUAUGUAUACGUAUAUAUGUAUAUAUAUAUAUAAACAGACAUCCCUGCACCACUGCGCGUGUGCAGAUAACAGUGCCUUGUAGCAGUGUAAUUAUAUGUUUACCUAGACCACAAACUAACUAGGUAAGAUUAUUUUAGGUUUUGGAGGAAGCUAUUUGUUUAGACACCUGUUUUGUUUUGUUUUUUUGUAUUCAAAAAGUUUAUACAGGUUGCAAGGUUAUACCGCCUUUUUUUCUUGCAGUGGUCAUUUAUGUAACGCUCGUGCAAAGUAAUUUGCACAUAUAUAAAUACUAAAUAUAUAAAUACUAAAGCUACUACUUUCCAUACAAGUGCAGAGCGUUCAUCCAGUGUUUGCAGAGAUGGUCUGUGUUUGUUAGCAAGCCAGCUAGCAUGUUGCCUAAGACAGUGACUGUAGCGCUCUCUCAUAGUUAACAAUAGUGGCGGUGAACCUUGGUUUGUAACUAAUAAUGACCAAAUGAAGCUUUCUGAAGCAUCGAAUGUUGUAUUGAAAACAAUUGAAACCCAGUUCAUUAAUCCAAGAUUUUCAAACACAGUCCUCUUUGGUGACAUCUGGUGGCCAAAAAUAUAAAGAGCAGCUUGAAUCUACAACUUGAAAUUAACGAUUUCAUUGGGAUUGCCCACUCUAAAGUGCCGAAUUGACAGCUUCUGUUUAAUAUCAUGUGACAGGUUUGUGAGAUAUUGGGCUACCACUAUGGUGCUUUGAACGUGUAUUUUUUGGGUGAAUUAAUUAUGGUGUCUAUUUGAUUUGAUUAAUAAAUUGUUUUGAUGAAUAAACCGUUCUUAUUUAAACAUGUGUAAUGGUGUAUUCUCCGUUUGCUUGUGACUUCUUGAUGUUUUAAUAAAUAAAAUUAUAAAAAAUAAAAUACACUGUAUUUGUGUACACUGUGUUACAAAUCACUGAAUCAAGUACUGAAGCAGUGACAUGCCGAAUGAAGCUUCGGACGUCAUUAAUCACUUGCCUGUUCAGAUGAACCAAGCCUAAUAAACACCUUCAUAUAGAAA